AUUUACAAAAUAUUCAUCGCGCUUACCGUUAGUUAGACAGUAAACUUACACCGGUCGCGGACGAGAGACGCGCGCGCGCCGUCCGCCAUCUUUAAAUUUCCAUUUUCGAAAGGUGUUCUCGGCCAGUGUCAACUGAAAUUUGAAAAAGUUUGUGUUGUUGUGCUGUUGGUGUCUGUUUUUUUUUUAAUUGCUUUUACAUGACAAUUUCGCCGUAUCAAUUCUAAUGUUACGACUAUGGCCCUCCUCGGAAAAUUGAGGAAAGGGGAUAGAAAGAGUGUAUAUUCUGUGGUCUCCUGCAGCGACCUGACCCCUGGAUCUCUGGAGGUGUGGGUAGACCUUCCAGACGAGAUCAAAUAUGACCCGUCUUUGGCGCCGUUCAAGAACCUGUAUGAACAGCAUCAUGGCAAAUUGGACAUCAAAAAUCUGUCGGAAUCAGAUGAUGAAACGUUUGACAAAAAGAUAGCGGACCUGAGACCCAUUGAUGAGAAGAUAGAGUUAAAUCAUGACAAUAAGACUAACGGAAGUAGGUUAAGGCUACCCGCAGAAGCAGAAGUGGACGAACAAAAGGAAAAGUCUCGUAGAAAAAUACAGAUAUUAAAAUUGGCGAGGAUAUUCAAGCUAUCUGUAUUGGUUUCCGGUUGGAUAUUACUGACACUAGCUCUUAUACUAAACACUGAGAAAUCAGAUACUGUCUUGCACACAGCGGUUAAGACUGGAGAAGUUAAAGAAUACAAUCUGCCGAUGACAGAAGAAAAGGUGCAGACUCUUAUUACCUUAACGGGGCCAUUUCAAGAUAUUCCUGACAAUAAUACAUCCAACGUUCUGCAGUUAUGGCUACGAAGAGCUAUUAAUAUUGAUGGAUUGCUUUUGGAACAGAAUUCCUCAACAUGGUCGGUUCACUUACAGCCAGACGAGAAACUAGAUUUUUCCAAAAGUAUCGCAGAAACAAACACAUUAUACAUUAAUUUAAAUAGAAACACAAGUAACGUUGAAGUAUUAAGAAGUAUUAGUAAUGUAAGCGGAAGUUCUCAAAAUGGCACAGCAGUAUCUCUCUGCAUCAGCACAACUAGCAAUGUGACGGUUCCUUUCACCCUGAACUACCAGAUGAACCCUAUAGGCGAGACUGAAGGGCUGGUCUACGCUUCAUUCCUGCUUAUUUCCUUGUACCUGCUCAUCAUUUUUGAGAUAGUAAACAGGACUAUAGCAGCCCUUCUCUCCUCGACCCUGGGUAUCGCAGUCCUGGCUAUCUGCGGGGCCAGGCCGUCUCUCCCAGAGCUGGUGUCCUGGCUGGACGUGGAGACGCUGCUGCUGCUGUUCAGCAUGAUGCUGUUGGUGGCCAUCAUGGCUGAGACUGGGCUGUUUGAUUACUUAGCUGUUUUGGCUUUUGAGGUGACCGGCGGGCGUACUUGGCCUCUCAUCAACUGCCUCUGCCUCUUCACCGCUGUCUUCUCAACUUUCUUGGACAAUGUGACCACGGUUCUACUCAUGACUCCAGUGACAAUAAGGUUAUGCGAAGUGAUGCAACUGAACCCUGUGCCCAUACUAAUGUGUAUGGUGAUCUUUAGUAACGUGGGGGGCGCCGCUACCCCUGUAGGGGAUCCCCCUAAUGUCAUCAUAGCGAGCCACCCAGCCAUACUACGAGAGAAUAUAAAUUUCGCGUCGUUCACAGUCCACAUGGGUCUCGGCAUUUUGCUGGUGUCGAUACAGACAUACAUACAGCUCAGGUUCAUAUUUAGAGACAUGAACAAGCUGAGGCAUAGCGUUCCUAUUGAUAUACAAGAAUUACGACAAGAAAUAGCCGUUUGGAGAAGGGCGGCCGCUUCGUUGUCAUCGUAUUCGAGAGAUGAAGAUCUAGUCAGAAGGGCUUUGGAGAAAAAGGUCGAGAGGCUUAAUACUACCCUGAGCAAACGGGAAGCAGGCGGGGGAACUUCGAAAUCUGACCCAAGAUUUUGUACCACUCUUGCGCAUAUGAAGGAGAAGUACCGCAUCAGGGAUAAACAGCUGCUCAUCAAAGCGGCGGUGAGCGUGUCAUUCGUAGUGGUCGUGUUUUUCCUCCACGCGUUCCCAGAAUUACAACGCCUAUCCCUGGGCUGGACGGCCCUCCUGGGGGCGCUGCUGCUGCUGGUGCUGGCGGAGAAGGAGGACCUGGAGCCAGUGCUGGCGAGGGUCGAGUGGUCCACGCUGCUGUUCUUCGCGGCUUUGUUCGUUCUGAUGGAGGUGCUGUCAAAACUGGGUCUCAUUGCGUGGAUCGGGAAAAUAACAGAAUCCCUCAUUUUGCAAGUCGGUGAAGAGUCACGGCUGGCUGUCGCUAUCGUCCUCAUGUUAUGGGUAUCCGGCCUGACAUCAGCCUUCGUAGACAACAUUCCUCUAACGACAAUGAUGAUCAGAGUGACAGUCGCCCUCGCAGACCCUGGUGGGUUAGCGCUGCCUCUAGCGCCGUUGGCUUGGGCGUUGAGUUUUGGGGCUUGUCUUGGAGGGAACGGCACACUAAUCGGCGCAAGCGCAAACGUGGUCUGCGCAGGAGUGGCCGAACAGCACGGCUACCGGUUCACCUUCAUGCAGUUCCUCAAGAUCGGAUUUCCAGUCAUGAUAGGAAACCUAUUAGUUGCCACGGCUUAUCUGUUAUUAUGUCAUUGUGUUUGUACUUGGCACUAGACUAGACGUAAGUACAUAAAGCGUAAAAUCCCGCGGGAAUUCCUGGGGAAUUCUCUCAUAGUGCACCGCUAGACCAUAUCAGGAAUCUAUGGUUAUUGUUGCCGAUCGAUCAUCUAUCUAUAGAUAAUCUAAGUAGAAUAUCUAUAGACAGUCUAUGUAUAGACUGUCAAUAGACUAUCCAUAGACAGUUGUCCAUAGACUAUAAGUAUUUCGAUAGUUGAGUAAUUUCCAAGAACAACUAUCGAUUGUCAAAUAUCCGAUUAAAAUAUCAAUAGUUCGGCAAUGCUACCUAUAUUUGUCCAUUUCUUUAGGCACUGAAAUAAAGGUAAACAAUUAUGAUACGUCUUAUUGUCGAAAAAUACUUUUCUCAAAUAAAGUACUGUUAAUAAAAAAAAAAACAUCGAUAUGUGGCGGCCAUUGUUAAGUGAGACGCAAAGGAAACAGAUCAUUAGCUGAGUUGAUCUUGAACUAUUUUUUAAAUCGUAGCAAAAGUUAAUAAUGACAUAAUUAUGUGGCGACAUCACUAACGUCACACGCCAUCAGCCAAUCAAAGCGAACAAUGUGACGCGCUCAGCCAAUAGCAGCGAGAUUCUAAAUCGCGCAAGCAAAGAUUUCACGGCUUGGAGCAUAUACAACCUCCGACACAACAUCGUCUGUCGCGCGGUUCCCCAGGCAUAACACUUAGCUUGGCGGAAGAUCUUCCCUUUGUGGCGGUCGAGCCGAAUCAUCGCUACACAACUAGAUAAACUUCAUACCUAAUUGAUUUUUCAACAAAAAGACAUAUCAAGAUUGUUUAAAUUUAAUUACAAAUAAAUAAACUGGACAUUUCAAAUGAUGUGUGAGUCAAUCACUCAGUGAGCAUGUUUUUUUAAUUAUAUCUUGAUCGCUUUCUUAGUGUAGAUGAAAACUUUGGAUGAAACACCUAGAUGUAAGAACAUACCUUUAUAAAAUCGGGUAAAUAGUCGUACAUAAGUCACGUCAAGAGUACCCAAAGCCGAAGAGCUUGUUUGAAUUUUUGAUAAAAUAAAUGUGUGAAAUGAAGCGAAAUAGGUAGGUAUGCAGGGCCCGUGUUAAAUGGUAAGAUGUAGUUUCUGCCUACCCCUCCGUGAACUUAAUCAUAAUGUGUAAUCUCCUUACUGAGGAGUUGAUAACACAUUUUAACUUCCUUAUGUCUACCCCUUUAGAAGACUAUCCUACUAAUAUUAUAAAUGCAAAAGUUUGUAUGUCAGGAUGUCAGUAUGGAUGUUUGUUACUCUUUCACGCACAAACUACUAAACCGAUUACGAUGAAAUUUGGUAUGUGGGUAGUUGAAGACCCAGAAUAACAUAUAGGCAAUUUUUUAUCCCGAAGUUCCCGCGGGAUUGAUAGGGUUUCCAUGCGGACGAAGUCGCGGGCGGCCUCUAGUAUACUAUCUUUAGAAGAUAAGUCAUAUUCACCUUAUUAAAAUAUGUUAGGUACCAAGUCCUACAUACAUAUAAUCAUGACUUUAUUCUUUGCGGGGUAGGCAGUACCAACGCCUCGCAAUAUUUACAAUAACUCAAAAAUAUUGAUAAAUAGAAAGAUUUUUUUUAAAGCACUGUAUAUUAAUACUUGAAAAUAAUACAAGAUCUUCACAUGAAUUCUCUUCCAGCCAACCUUUGGAUAGUAAUAAUCUUGUUCAUUAGUUAUGUUUUUAUUUUGAGACUCCUCAUAUUUGGUUUGUUAUUUUCUUAAGGUUAGCGGGCACAGAUUAUGCACAGGUAUAGCAAUAGGUUCACUUUUUCUAUUUUGCGCUCGUAACAUGUCGAAAAAGGCGGGAAAGCAAAUCUAGUGUUGGAAAAGAAAUAUAAAUUUGUAUACAAUUAACUGAGAACUCUUUUUUAGGUAGGGUUUAAAAACCCAUGAAACCUGUUAGUAAGUAGAUAUUAAAAUACUGAAAAGACGUUAUGAAAAA